AUGGAGAAGCCAUUCGAGAAGAUGGAGGAGCAGAUUCCCAAGGCCUCUGAGCCUACGGGUGCUGCUGCACCCAAGCAAGAGGAACAAGAAUUGCCCAAGUUGUCGCCACAGGAGUUCAGAAUAUACAACAGGAUGGCAGAGCACAUGGACAUGUUCGUACGUAUCUGCCUAACAAAACACUCCACAUCUACUCGACCUGAGCUGACAUCGCGAAGNCACGAGAAUUUCCGUAGGACGUGGAAUCUGUUGUACGGAGCGUGCGAAAGCAAGAAGCGACCGGCUGGCAUGUCGAUCCGUCAGUUCAUCGGCGUAGGCGACGACUUCUGCCACCAUUUGACCAUCCACCAUACCAUCGAGGAGCGCCACAUCUUUCCAGUCCUUGCCCGCAAGAUGCCAGCCUUUAAAAAAGAGCUCGAAUUACUCACGCAGCACAAACAGAUCCAUGAAGGACUCGACAAAUUUGAGGAGUAUCUCGGUCAAUGUCGAAGUGGAGAGAAAGAGCUGCGCAUGGAGGAGAUGAAGGCAAUCCUGGACACAUUUGGCAAGGUCCUAUGGCAACAUCUUGACGACGAGGUGCAUGAGCUUCGAGCGGAGAACAUGAGGCGGUAUUGGACGCCAGCCGAAAUGGCGAGGAUACCCAUAUAG